AUGUAUGCUGGUCUUCUCAGUCAGCUCACUACUCGUCUUCACACUGAGUUCGCCAUCAAGGACUUGGGUCCUUUGCACUACUUCCUCGGUGUUGAGGUGGUGCGCCAUCCAGAUGGCUUCUUCCUUCAUCAGCGGAAGUAUGCUCAUGAGCUCCUGGAUUGUGCUGGCAUGCUUAACUGCAAGCCCGCCGCUACGCCUGUUGAUACGAAGGCCAAGCUCUCUGCCAUGGAUGGUUCUCCUGUUUCAGAUGCUUCCUUCUACCGGUCUAUCGUUGGUGCUCUUCAGUACCUCACUCUGACUCGACCGGAGAUCCAGUAUGCCGUCCAGCAGGUGUGUCUUCAUAUGCAUGCUCCUUGGGACAUUCACUGGCCCGCUGUCAAGCGGAUUCUCCGCUAUGUCUGUGGCUCUAUGGACCUUGGCGUCACGCUCCACGCCUUUGCCGACACCGCCUACUCCAAUGCAGACUGGGCGGGCUACCCUGACACUCGUCGCGCCACCUCGGGCUACUGUGUCUUCCUUGGACCCUCCCUCAUCUCGUGGUCGUCCAAGCGGCAGGCUACGGUUUAUCGCUCCAGUGCUGAGGCUGAGUAUCGUGUUGUGGCCAACGUCAUCGCCGAGUGA